UACAUGUUUUUGUGUAUAUAUAUAACCAACCAUUUAUGUACCAACCUGGAACAUUAAACUAGGACUCAUUCCAAGUCGUCGUCGUCGUUGUGUUCUUUCCUCCUUCAUUUCUCAAACUCACCAUGCCUCCAUUCAUCUUCCUCAUCCUCUUCUGGUUUUCAGUCUUCCAAAACUCUGUUCACUUCCUUUCUGCAAAUCCCCCUGCUUCAAGUUGCAGUAAUGGCGCUCCUCGUAUUUCCUAUCCUUUUCGUUUGAAUCCGCAACAACCUCAGCAGUCCAAGUCGUGCGAGGUUCCCUCUGGUUUCGAGCUGUUCUGUGAAAAGAAUCUCACCAAGAUUUACUUUCCUUCUUAUGGCGAUGAUUUGGUGGUGAAAUCAAUUUCCUACCCCACCAAAAGAAUCAAUCUUCUUGACCCCAGAAACUGUGUCCACCACGUGUUUCUGAAUCUCGAUCUUUCUCUCACCCCCUUUCGUUACUUCUAUGUUCUCAAGGACUACACUUAUCUGAACUGUUCGACCAGCCUUUCCCGUCCUUUCAUGGAGGUUCCUUGUAUGAGUGGAUCCGACUUUCAUGUCUACACAGUUGACCCUUCCUUGCCUCUGCCUGCUUCUUGUGUAGCAGUCAAAACCGUUGCGGUCCCCUUCGAAUAUUCCCCUUACCUCGCCGACAACAGUCUCGGUCUCGGAUUAACCUGGGACUCACCUCUGCUUCAAGAAACCAGAACAGAGCACACAGUUGUAGUUAUCUGCGUCUUUGUGAUUGUGAUGGCGAUACUGGUAAGCAUAAAGGUUCAGUGGUCAGGGACGAAUUCUGGGAGAAAGAAGAUCGGUUAUUACAGAGCCUGUGAGAAUUAG